UAAUAAUAAAGUUUUUUCUUAAAAAAUUAAAUCCGUUUCUUUCUACAUAAAAUGUCUUCAGAAGAUUCCCUUUACGCUAGAUAUAAACAUGGGAAAUCUAUUUCUAUCCCGCCAAUCUCAGCAUGGUCUUUAGGAGGAAUAGGAUCCGUCCCGGCUCCGUACCCUCUGUCAUUCAAAACCGAAGUUAGUGAAGAAGAAAAGCGUAACAAGUCUGGUUUCGUUGGAGGGAAGAAAAUAACACCUACAGAAGACAUAUUAACUUCUUAUCGUGAAACCUCAAGUAGCGUUGUUCGAUCUCCGAGUUCUACUAAGCAAAUGUCAAUCUUGGCGCAAACAACCCCCACAAGAAAACCUAAAACACAAAUACUAAAGUUGGAUUCAACCCCCCCUAUUGAUUCAAAGCCAACACCUCGUCCAUCCAAGUUACCAGGUCAGACUUCAUUUUAUGGACACACAUCAUAUUAUACUGAUGAAUCGUCAUUCCGAGCGGAAAGUUUAACCGGUCCAGGCUUUGGUGGUUUGAAACGUUCAUCACAAGUCACUCUCUCGCAGUUCGAUGAUAACAUUUAUGUCAGGGAGGAUCCAUCAAUUGCAACAACAUUUGAUCCUGAUAAAGAUAAAUCGUUGUAUGAUAUUUCUCUGAGUCUUUAUCGACAAUUCAGCAAUAGAGAUAUCUUAGAUUCUGAGGAUAUAUUGAAUGAAGAUCUUAAGAAAAAUUAUUGAUGUCUCGUACAUACAUACAUAUAUUUUUUUAAGAUCCAAUUCAAUGCAACAUUUGAUCCUUAAGAUAUGUCCUUAGGUCUUUAUCGACAUCUUAUGAUCUUAAGAAUUACUGAUGUCUUUAUAUAUAUGUAUAUUUUUUAAUUACUAAAUAAACUUGAACUUAGAAAUGUCGCCUAAAUAAAUUUUACCAAAAAGAUAAUAAGGAAUCUGAUAACGACGG